AUGGAGAAGUCCAGGAAACAAUUUGUUGAUUUAGUGGAUAAGGCAGUAGAAGCUGCAAAAUCAAUGCGUCGUGAUGAACUGCUCUUUUCUUACAAGGGAAUUCUCUACCCUACCACUGUUUGCAGUCCUGAAACUUUCAAAGCCUUGGAGUCCUUUGAAGCCAGAAGUGAUGAUGUAAUUUUGGCAGGAUAUCCUAAAUCUGGCACUAACUGGCUAAGUCAAAUCUUAACUGACCUGAUAGCCAUAUCUCAAAAGAAAACACCAGGCAGUGAAAGCAGUGUGCAUGCUGAAGUAUCAGAAGAGUUCCCCUAUCUUGAAGUUGGAGAUGCUGAGAAAUACGAGCGAAUGACCAAAUUACCUUCUCGAAGAUUUAUGGUUACUCAUCUUCGUCCUGAAAAUCUUCCCAAAUCUAUCUUCAAAAACAAUGCCAAGAUAUUGUUACUGAUUCGUAAUCCAAAAGAUGUUGCUACAUCUUUCUACCAUUUUUGCAAUGGCCUGGCUACUCUUCCUUCCUAUGAGACCUGGGAUGAGUUCUUCACAGAUUUCAUGACAAAGAAAAUGGCCUGGGGAUGCUACCUUGAAUACCUUUCUGAGUGGAACAAAUAUGCUGACAAAGAAAAUAUUAUGACAAUAACUUAUGAAGAGGUAAAAGAGAAUCGUGCCCUGAGUGUGAAAAACAUAGCUACGUUCUUUGGAAUUCCUCUGACUGAGGAACAGCUCCAGCUGGUGGUAGAGAGGAGCAGCUUCCAGUCUAUGAAGAAAAACUCAGACAAGACCCAUGGGUCAUUUGGCAAUAUUCUCUUUCGCAAAGGUGGUGUAAGUGACUGGAAGAAUCUUUUCACUGAAGAUCAGAGUGAGAAAAUGGACAAAGCAUUUGAAGAACAUAUAGCAGGAACGAAACUCGGGAAAAAGUUGAAGUAUGACUUGUAUUGCAAAGCCUGAAGAGAAAUGAGAUAUGGUUAGAGCAAGAACUUUGCAAGGCAGACUCAGAUCAUCUGAAUAGUCUACAUUGGAAAACUAGAUCAAAUGACCCAAGCACCUUAGAAUUACUCUAAGAGUCAUUGCAGUAGCCUUUAUAGUGACAAUGCUGAGUGAUGAGCCUUUUGUUUUAUGGUGUGACCCUCAGGCUACACUCAUUUGCUGAAGAAGAUGCCAACUAAUCAUAUUUACAAAAAACCUAACAGCCCUGUUCCAGCUGUCACCUGGAAGGAAAUGCCCCUUUUCUUUCUAAACAAUUUCUAUCCUUCUAGAUGAUUUCUAUUUUUUUAGUAUGCAGAUUAUUUUUUUCUUCAAAAAUGUUCCAAAUCAGUCAACAUCUUCACAGAAAAUAUCACUAGCAAAAAUAGGGAUAUGACAGAAGCCUAAUGUCAAAGGAGAUUUUCCAUGAAUUCAGCACAAACUAAAUCAAAACUAGAGAAAGCAGAAAGGAGGGGAAUAUGGAUCAGCGUUCUUAUGGCUCUUGAUCUCUCUGAAUGCAAAAUAUCAAGAUGGAUUUCAGAUUACAGGCUGAUGUCAACAGGCAAGAUUCUCUCGGGGCCACUGCUUUCUAUAGAACCAGAGAACAGCCCAGAACUUGAAAAACGAUCUGGUACAACCUUUCAUGGGAAAGGGAGCCUGGAUGAGACUCUAUCUAGAUAUCAUAUCUUGAAAACUUCCAGUGAUGAGGAUUCUACCACAUCCCUGGAGGCAUUUUUUCAGCAAAUGGAUGUUCUUGCUGUAAAGAACUUACUUCCUAUAUUACGA